AUGAGUCUUGAUGAAACGAACCUCCAUAUUCUCGCUAGUUCAGGUGAUCACGCUCAACGCGAAUACGCUAGAAAAAUACAACCGAUACGAAAAAAUGGUCAUUUGCUUCUGGUCACCCUUCUACUUAACAACGUAUUGGUCAACGAAACUUUGCCGAUCGUCAUGGAUGACGUUUUAGGGGGGCGCGGAAUUAUGGCAAUCGUGUUCAUUGUUGGAUACCCCAUAGCAAAAUUGUUGGAUUUAAUUCUUGGGAGAGAUCACGGAAUCAUCUAUCGUCGUGCCGAACUGAAAGAAUUGAUAAUGUAUCAUGGGACGUCAACCGAACAUGGAGGUGACCUGGUUACCGAUAGUGUCAAAAUUAUACGCGGUGCACUUGAUUUUCAGGAUAAAGUGGCUGGAGGUGCAAUGACGCCAAUAGAAAAUGCAUUUAUGAUAUCGAUGGAUUGUAUCAUGGAUAGAAACACCUUGAAGAAGAUUUACUUAACUGGGCACUCUCGUAUCCCCGUGUAUGAGGGUUCGCGCGAGAACAUCUUGGGAGUUUUGUUGGUUAAGGUGAAUAGUGAAGUCUACUUGAGAAACUCGUCGGAAAUCACGGGUCCAUUAAUGUUAUGUUCCUUGCUUUCAAUAAUAAAGUCCUUGGUAAUGUAUAACCCAGAUGAAGAUCUUCCAUUGAAAAAAUUUCGCAUAAACGCUAUUCCCAAGAUUCCUGCAGAAAUGCCGCUAUUUGAUAUCCUCAACAUAUUUCGAGAAGGUCGAAGUCACAUGGCAGUUGUGUGCAGAAGCGAAGACUCGAAGCCAAUUGGGAUCAUCACAUUGGAGGAUGUCCUCGAGGAAUUAAUACAAGAAGAAAUUUAUGACGAAUCUGACAAGCGGCGGCAGAAAAAUAAAUUCAAGAGUCCGCCGUUGGUGAGGUGUAAUUCAGAACCAGCGGAUGUCACUCGGUCAAUUGAAAAUUGCGGAAUCUUGAAACCUAAUGAUCAUACCGGUAAAGACUUGAUCGUAUUCGAAGAAACUGUUGGUUUGCUUUCAACGACCCCGACAGAAAUGUCAAAUCAAGUACGCCCAAAUGGAAGUUGA